AUCAGCUUCAUGUCCUGUCCACAGCAAAAUAACAGGAUGUUGACUACAUCAAGCACUUGUGUGGAACGGUGCAAGAUGGUGAGUAGUGGCCAGAAAUCUCGGGCAGAAACUAAGAAAGGCAUGGCCGGAACUCCAUCUCUUCCUGGAAUAAAGUCACCAAUCAAAGACCAAAUGGUGUCAGUACAGAAAAAAACACAGCUGCUAGAAUUCGAUCACAAGGUAUACCAGGAGAGCGUUAGCCACACCAUCAAGAAACAUAAGGAGACCAUACAACUCCUUCAACAGCAGAAUGAGAAAAUAAAUUGGGAAAUAGCUCUGGAGAAAAAGAGACAGGCAGACAGAGAGACUCAAUGUGGACAGGCCAUUACCCAGCUCAAGGAGGACAAGCUCCAUGAUAGCAUCAAACGCCUUAAUGCCUUAUGUUACCAGGUACAGGUCCGCAAGAAACACCUAGAAGGGCUGGAAUCACAGCUUAACCGGAAUGAUACUGUUAUGCAGAAUAGUAAAAUCACCCAAGAAGAACAGAUGCAGCGCUUUCUAGAAAGUAAACUAGAAGAGGCAAGUAUAAAAUUUCAAGAUGUAAAACACAUCAACAGUGUUUAUGGCAAAAUGAUCACCCAUUUGCAGGAAGAACUGCCAACAUUUCCAACACUGAUACAACAACUAAACCCUGAAAUCCUGCUGUUCAGAAAUGAGCUAAAGGAGGUAAGGAUCAUGAAAAAGAAUAUGAUCAUGUCAAGGGAUACAGCCCGGGCACAACAUAAGCACCAAAAGAAGGAAUAUCGCCACAACCGCAGAAACAAAGAGCAGAUCCUGCGUGCGCUGACUCAUCAAAUCAAGAAGAUCCGUCGUUACGAGAAGGAACGGGACAAAUCUGGGGUUUUCAAAAGACCCCACGCUACUAUUGAUGUCCAUAAAGUCCCUCCUGCAGAAAAGGGGGAAGAAAGAAUCCAUGUCUAUAAAGAAGCCCUAAAAAAGAUCAAGAAAGCUACAGGUGCAUGUACGAAAGGUGAAUUGCUGCAGCGCUUCAUUAAACAAGGAGAGACAAGAAAACAUCUGGAAAAAGAGAAAAUAAUGACUGAACAAUCUCUGAGUGAACUUAAAGACAAGCAGACAAAAAUGGAUAAUGCUCUAAAGGAAUUAAAGUAUUCAAGUCAGGCACCGCUGCAAGCCAAACUAUCCAAUAAUCUAAAGACAUUGGAAGAGCUCCAAACUCAAUUGCAGCUAGAGUCAGAAAAGCAUGACAAGCUUAAGAUGGAGGCAGAGGAAACUAGGGAAAUCCUGCAUAAGGCAACAUCUGAAGUGAAGCUCCUGGCAAGAAGACUCCAGUAUAUUAUGGUGCCUGGGACAAAUCUUUCAGUAACUGAUCUCUCCCCAGAUAUCCCUGCCUUGGAUCUUUUAACCAUCAUAGGCCAAAAACUGCAAAAACUCCAGAAGCAGUUAGAAGCACAAAAUAAAGAGGACAUCUUCAAGGAGAUGAAUGAAAAGAAGCGCAAUCUCCCAACAAGCAAACUGCCUAUCUCACUGCUACCAGCCAUACAGGAUUCCUCUGAUGAAGACAGUGAUGAGGAGUGGGAUGAGAUGAGAGCAAGUAUAAAAAAGAUUUCCCACCAAAUCACUAAAUCCAAUGCAAUGAAGUUCUGGAGUAACAAAUGGGUGAAGCAGUGAGACAUAGUCCUGCUUUUUAACAUUCUUCAUGCUAUCUCUAAUAAAGA